AAGCAUGAACAAAAGCUGACAAAGGUCCCAAUUGAUUACAGCUAUAGUUCAUCCUCUCUCUCUCUCUCACUCUCACUUUCUCUCUCUAGAUCGUUGUGCUGUGGUUCACUUCACUUCACUUCACUUCACUUCAGCUAUGUGUAUCCAAUGGCGCUUCUGCUGACAAUGGUUCACUCUCACAACAACACUGCUGGGACCCAACACGAUCUCAAACCGCUCCUCCGUGAUUUUCUCGGCAUGAAACCAUCACCAUCACCAUCACCCUCACCCUCCUCCGCCGCUCCUCCCGCACCUUUCUCCUCCACCUCUGAAAUCGCUUCCGAAAAGCAGGUAUCAAAUCAUCUUGAGGGAGUUCCAUACUAUGGUCCAAGAAGUGAUUUUUCCGGCACUGAGAUAACUAACAGACUAGUGGGGAACAAGAGAAGUAAUUCUGAUUCCUCUUUUAUUGCUUCCUCUAGAGAUGCCUUCCAUAUGGCCCCUGAUUCCUUUCAAAAUUCACAUUUGAUGAAGGUUCUCCGACAUGUGUCUGGAGGAGAGAGAUCUAGAAGGCCUAAUGACGAUGAAGUGUUACUUGGUAUGCAGUCAAUGAAGCCGUCUUCUAGUUCUCAGAUGUUUCAUCCUCCCACCAGCAGUAUGAUUGACGCGAAUAAAUGGGUCAUGAAUGCUGGCCCUUCCGUGCAGCAUCUUCCGCGCGGAGGACAGAUGGCUCCUUUUGCUCACCAAUUGGCUUCGAACAAGAUUAGAGAUAACAACGUCGGCCCUUCAUUUAUCUCUCAGUUUGCUGCCGAUGAAGGAUCGAGAACUGGAAUCAAGGGCCCCGGAGUUUUAAGUUCCAUAAACACGUCUGCUACUGCUAGUGAUAAAAUUUCAUCGGCCGUGCUGCUCGGUGGAAGCAGGCCAAAGCCGUUAACUAAUAUAAUUGAAUCAUCCACGCCUCCAAGCAGUCAACACGGGCUAACACCUGCCAGCCGCCAGAUGACUAUCUUCUACGGAGGUCAAGCUCAUGUUUUUGAUGAUGUCCACCCACAUAAGGCAGAUGUUAUAAUGGCUUUGGCUGGGUCAAAUGGAGGAUCUUGGUCCACAGCAUUCUCGCCGAAAUCUACUGCAAAGCUGGUUAACGAUAGUAAUUUGCAUAGUGGUGAAAAUGAAGCAGGAUUAAUGAAUAAUGUACCAUUCCCGCAAGAGCUUCAUGGGAUGUUGCCUGUAACUGGCAGUUCUAGUCGUGCUGUUGGACCUGGUGAUCGGGUAUCUACUCCAACCGGAGCACACCAAGGAAGCAUAUUUCCUAAAGAUACAAGAAAUUCGAUUCAAGCAGCAGACCCCAGUUCCGAAGAUAAAAGAGCACUGUGAAUAGAGUUUGAGGCUUAUUCAAUGGAAGUCUCAAGAGCUUUCUCUUAUUUCUGAUUACUAUUGGGUAUCGGUAUCAUCCUCUUUUGUCAAAUUUUCUCAUGAUCAUUCCAGCUCUUUUAGAAAGAAAAAAAUGGUUAUGUGAGGAGCAACAGUAUGAUGAUUGUUUAAAAGGCCUAAAAGAUACAUCGGCUAAAUUUAUGAAAUGUUUUCAAUAUAAGAAAACAUCUAUUUUGCAAACCAGUUGCUUUAUCAGGCCAAGCAGCUUCUUGGUAUUAUGAUAUAGGAAUAACAGCCUUACUUCUUUAGAAUGCUGUUCAAUAGAAUCAGAGUUAUAUAGGAGGGAAUAUAACUCUUCGUUUGGUUUACAAAGAGGAACUUAAAGCUAACUUAUUGUGUUAUAUUUUGUAUGAAGAUUUAGUCAGUAUUCUAAACUUAUCUCGCAACAUGCUUAAUUGUACGAAGAACAGUUGUACGAUGUAUGAACAAAUAUGACUGAUCAUUAGUCCAUUGCUUUUUCUAACCAAA